CGUUACGUCGGAACCAACAGCCUGGUAACUUCUGCGCUCUGCCAAAGGAAGAGGAAAUACCAAAUUUAAAGAUAUCCUGAUAUUUUUGAGGAUACUAGACGAGACAGGACUCCGAGGAGAACUGAGAUGGAAUGACUGGCGGCAGUAACACUGUGGAGGGGAACAACCCGACAUUAAACAGAGGAGGAGGAAGAAGAAGAAGAAGAAGAAGCAACAGGAGGUUGAGAUGGACAGACAUGGCGGCGGACGGUAACAGGUUCCCAGUUAUCAAAUAAACCCCCGGCAAAGCGAAACCGAAGACGAGAGGCGGCUCCCGGGGAGCUUUAACAUAUUUUAAUGUUGCAUGAAUAGCCGGGGCUCCCCAGGACUGUGAGCCCUCCUCUGAAGCCUGCAUGGCGUCCACCCAAGCCCGGCUAGGCCAGCAGGCCUUAGCGGUGCUUGAUGUGGCUCUGCGAGUUCCCUGUAUCUUUAUUAUCGACGCCAUUUUUAACUCUUACUACGACCCUGGUUCGGGAUGGGCCGGGGCGAUGGGGAACGUGCUGGUCAGAGUCAUGGGUGUCCUCAUCUCCAGCAUGGUGCUGCUGCUCUCUCAGAAAGCCUUGUUUAAGUUCUACACCCUCCUCUUUGCUGUUCUCCUCGGCAUGGCCGCAGUCCUCAUCAACUACUACGCCACCUCCCACAUAGACUUCUACAGCGCCUACUACAAAGCGGCAUUGGGGUUCAGACUGCUGCCCAGAAACGGGCCGACGCUGUGGCUGGGCAUGGCCGCUGUCCAGCUUGUUUUUGGUGUCGGCUACGUGUUCCUUCUCAACCUCCAGUCAGUUUUUGCCGCUCUGGUGGUCCUGGACAUCAUGAUCCCUCUGUGGGGGCUGAUGAUUGAGCUGCCUGCGGAUGUCAGGCAGCUGGUGGCGGUGUUCUCGGGUCUGGUGCUGGCUCUCAACACAGCUGUAUGCUUGGCCAUGAGGCUCAAAUGGUUUUACUACUCGUGCCGGUACGUCUACCUGCUCGUACGGCACAUGUACAGGAUGUAUGGGCUUCAGUUGCUGCUAGAGGACACAUGGAAGAGGAUCAGAUUCCCAGAUGUUUUGCGGGUGUUCUGGCUGACCCGGGUUACUGCCCAGGCACUGAUUCUGGUCUACGUGGUGCUUGCGGUGAGGAGGGAAAGCGGGGACGCCACAGGUGGUGCCACCGACGGAAGCUCCAAUUCACAGGGUUACCUGCUGAGCUGGGACGUGUUCUGGGAUCUGACCAGUAACCUGAUCAUCUCUGGCUGUGACUCCACGCUCACUGUCCUGGGGAUGAGCGCUGUUAUCUCCUCUGUCGCACACUACCUCGGCCUCAGCAUCCUGGCCUUCAUAGGUUCCACAGAGGAGGAGGACAAGCGUUUAGGCUUUGUGGCUCCUGUCUUGUUCUUUAUCCUGGCUCUACAGACUGGCCUCAGUAGCCUGGACCCUGAGCAACGCCUGGUCCGCCUGAGCCGGAACAUGUGCCUUCUGCUGACGGCCAUCCUGCACUUCAUCCACGGCAUGACCGACCCUGUCCUGAUGUCCCUAAGCGCCUCCCACAUCUCCUCUUUUCGCCGCCAUUUCCCCGUCUUGCUGGUGUCACUGGCGCUCUUCGUUCUCCCCGUGGUGCUCAGCUACGCCCUCUGGCACCACUACGCCCUCAACACCUGGCUCUUCGCUGUCACUGCCUUCUGCGUCGAGCUCUGCCUCAAGGUGGUGGUGUCACUGACAGUCUAUGGUCUCUUCAUGGCGGAUGGCUUUUCCAAUGUCCUGUGGGAGAAGCUGGACGACUAUGUGUACUAUGUGCGCUCCACAGGCAACAUCAUUGAGUUCCUGUUCGGCGUCAUCAUGUUCGGAAACGGUGCCUACACCAUGAUGUUCGAGUCAGGCAGCAAGAUCCGUGCCUGCAUGAUGUGCCUCCACGCCUACUUCAACAUUUAUCUGCAGGCCAAGAAUGGCUGGAAGACCUUCAUCAACCGCCGCACAGCCGUCAAGAAGAUCAACUCUCUGCCGGAGGUGCGUGGGGACCAGCUGAGGGACAUCGAGGACGUGUGCGCCAUCUGCUACCAGGAAUUCGCCACCUCGGCCCGCAUUACGCCCUGCCACCACUACUUCCAUGCGCUGUGCCUGAGGAAGUGGCUCUACAUCCAGGACACGUGCCCCAUGUGCCACCAGAGAGUCUACGUCGAGGAUGAGAACCGAGACCGAGCUGCCUUUUCUAACAACAAUGGGGGGUACGCAGUGCCGCAGGACGAUGCUGCUGCAGCCCCACCAGCACCAGGAGAACACCAGCACGGACAGCCAGCCGCAGAGCUGCCCAUCGACAGGGUGGUGGCUGACGUCCAGGCUGCAGGAGGAGCCGGAGAGCUCGACAAUGAGCUUCUGGAGGACAACGACAGCAUAGAGUACGACGAAGAUGAGUGGGGGACUCAAAAUGGCAGCACGCCAAUAGAAGAAGACUAUAUCAAUGAUGACACAGACUCUACCGAAGACUGACUGGAAGAGAUCUGUAGAGAAAAUCUACAUAAAUCUUUAUUAUAUUUAAGUUAAAAAUUAAUAAUAAAACACAACAGCAUCUUAAUUUGAAAAAUGUCAGGGAUGUCAUUCUCUUUUCUCUUGUUAGUUUCUUUUUGUUUGAUUUUGGGUUUUACUCUAUAAGGGCUCAUGGAAAUAGUAACUGCUGCUCUCAUUCUGUGUGUGUGUCGAGUGUGUGUGUGCCGGGGCUGCAUGAUGUACACCAAAAAGUCAUUCUGUCAUUUUAAUUUGUUUAAUAGAUUAUUUGAUUAAUUUGAUCCCAGAAUUAUUUGAGAUCCUGAUCCAAAUCUUGCUCUGUGGGCUCAGCUGUCUCCACACGGUUUGUUUCCUGAUGCCUCAAACGUUGACACACAUCAGGAAGUUAAUUUUUUUCUGCACAGCUCAGGUCUGCCUUGUUGAGCAAGCUGCAGAAAAAUGAAAAUAAACAACACUUGAGUCACAACUUUGUUUAGAUUUUGUCACUUGUGCCACCCCAGUGAGUGUUUGUGUGUGUGGAAGGAUAUGUGUUAUAGUGUGUGUGCCUGCCAACAUGUAAUGUUCUUAGAAGAUGUCUUAAAGAUGCAGUUCAUGUUCCCCAGCAGUGUAUUAAAGGGGAAAUGCUGGAGUGUGUUAGUUUAUUAACGACAAAGCUGCAGUGCAUAGAAAUAGAAUGAGUAGAACGGACAAUGAACUGUUGCCACGGCCAUUGGACUUAAAAAUGGCAAUUGUUGUCACGGUGACAACACACAUCAGUGAGGCUGUGAAGUGUGUCACACGUCAAGUCAAGUCUAUUUUGGCAUACUGUUAAGUUUUCAAAUAAGAUGCUAAGUUAGCAGCACAAUUAAAGGUCCAGUGUGUAGGAUUUAGGGAGAUAUAUUGGCAUAUAUUUGAAUAUAAUAUGCAUAAUUAUGUUUUCAUCACUGUAUAAUCACCUGAAGAAUCAUUGGGUUUUUGUUGCCUUAGAAUGAGCCUGAUCAUGGCAGGAUGCCAAUAAAUCCUACACACGGCUCCUUUUAAGCUAGUUUUAGUUCAGUGAAAGAGAGAAACUUGGACAGUUGUAUUUUUCUUUUUAAUAUGUUGAUUUUUUUAUUUGUUUGAUACCAAUGAAGGUAGUGAAGUCUCUGCUCAAACACAUCUCCCAGCUGAAACUACGGGGAGAUAUCGUUAACGCAAAAGUACUUUACAGGGUUACUUUUCUCAGUCGGUAGCGCUAGAUCCAGCAAUGUGCGAUUCCUGUCUAGCUGCAAGGCAACAGAGAUAGUGCACAGGACGCCACUCCACUGCUCGUUUGGUCAUUGCUGUAAAGCCUCCCCUCACUGAGUUUGAAACUUGCUGCAAGUGGGUUUGUUUAUACAGUUUUUGUGGAAGUUAGCCUGCUACAACAGUUGCAGUGGCAAUAGUACACAUAAAAAUGAUCGCCACUCUGACCAUCCUGCUAUGUUGAUUUGAAUGGGAAUGUCCGUUCUACUCUCAUUUUAUUUCUAUGGUAGUGAUUAAACAAGUUCAGGUCUCAAUAUGCAGGUCAGGUUUUGGGAGUUUCUCGAAGGUGUUUAGUUCAAGAACACGUUUUUGUGCGCUUCUGUUUGAUACCUGCUGUCAUUACUUCCUCCAGCUGUUUUUCCCAUAGCGACUGACUGACAGUCUCGGUGUUUUCUUCUUCGUCACGUGUCAGUGGCAUGCUCAAUACUUGCUAUCGAAAUGUUUCUAACUAAACCAGCCUCGACUGCUGUCAGAGUCUGACCUGCAGGUUGAUCACAGCUUGUUGUUUCACACCUCUUCAACACUUUUCUCCUUAACGAACUGAAAGAGUGUGUUUGUGUCUAGAGAGAGAGAGAAUGAAUGAAUGAAGGCAGAAGAGUGAAGCAGUUUUCUAUCAACUCUGCGCCAACCAGAGAAAAACGGAGGUGUGUGUGAUUAAAAAGUGACUUGCUACUGUAAUCACUGAUAUACCUCUGUCAUUACUUACUACUGGUCUCUUGUGUGACCUUGCUUACAUUUGUGUACGUUAUUGUACAUAUAAUAAAACAAACACGUGCACACUUUCUCCCUUAGGAUAAGAUAAAACUUUGUUUUCAGUUACUUUUUUCUUUCAGUAAUGCAAAUUUCCACAUCUCUCCUCAUGUGAAUCAGUAUUUAGUUUGGUUAAAUUCUUGUUUCCAGCCCAGAAAUUGUUGCUUGUAAUAAGCGCGCUGGUAUUCCAAAAAGUAUGUCAGGUAAAGUGAUUAUGUCUCGAUGCUCCUCACAAAAAUACAUAAUGAAAAGGUGCCACUUGUUUUGUCUACCUGCAUUCAUUUGAAAAGGAAAAAGGUACCGCCAUUUGUUUUGUGUCAGUUAUUAGUCAUGUUGUAGGAGCAGAUGUCAUUUUUGUUCUCAGAAGACUCAUCAUAUUCAGUUAAUGCACCUUUUAGUGUCAGAUCACUGGUACAGACGAGAGCUUUCUUAUUCAGUCCAGCUCGGGCAUCAAAUGGUGAUGACUGCAGCUUUGUUAGGGCUCAGACUGUGUUUCUGCUCUCAGGGCCUCUGCAGCACUGGAAGAGUAUUUUUAAUACAUUUAUGAAAUUCAAGGCUUAAAAAAAUCUUAAACUGCAAGAAAAUGUGAAAUUACAUUUUCUGUUAUUUCUGAAUUUGCAGACACUGUCAUGUCACACUCUCUGUGAUAUUUAUCGUUAAGUUUGAGCUACAAGAAGCAGUUCCUCUGUUUUCUAGCAGCAGACAUCCUACUGAACACUAGAGCUGCAACGAAGAGUCAAUUGGAACAAAAUUAAUCACUAGCUAUUUUGAGAAUUGAUAAAUUUGGUCAUUUUUCAAGCAAAAAUGUUGAACAUUUGCUGGUUUCAGCUUUUAAAAUGUGAGAAAUUGCUGUUUAUUUGUCAUUUAUGGGAGUAAAUGAAGUGUCUUUGGUUUUUGGACUGUUGGUUAAACAAGAAAAUCUGAGGCCAUCAUGUUGGGCUCUGGGAAAUUGAGAUGAGCAUUUUUCACAAUUAUUUGACUUGAUACAGAGCAAAUGAGUGAUUGAGUAACUGUGAAAAAUAAUCAGCAGAUUAAUCUUUGUAGGAAAAAAAAAUCAUUAGUUGCAGCUCUACUGAACACUGAUCCAAAAUCUUAAAACUACUGGAACAACAGAGAGACCCAGAAAAUAUUUAGGAGCUGUGUUUUCCCAGUUUUACACAGUACAGAUCCUUCAGUGACCACAGAGGUCUUCAUCGUGAAUUUGUAUUAAACGCUUUCAAGCACAACUCCUGUGAGUAUUACGUUGUUUAGACUUCCACAGCCUGAACAUCUUUAAGGGUUUGACCUCAAACUGGUGUGCAUUACUGUUAUAAUUUCUGCUCACAGGCAAUAAGCUGCAAGGAGUCAUGAAGUUGUUGAUGAUGAGACAGAGAAGGAGUCAAAUCUGAUGAGAAAGCUGUUUGUGCUCUGAAGAACUUUGAUUAUUAGUUUGAUUGUUCUGAAAGCUUUUAAAAAGGUGAAAGCUGUUCAUUUGAACUUUUGUUUUAAAAAGAGAUUUAUGUAAAUAAAAUCAUCUUUGAUAUGAGUUUGGACUGGAUCUCAAAUGAAUUUGAUGAAUUGAAAUUGCCAUGCUAUGAUGUAUUUGCACGAUUAAAAACUGACCUACAGU